AUGCCGACGUGCAGAGCCACCGAAAUACACUGUCAUGGUGGAGAAUUCACCUACGUUCGUCACUAUGGUUUCCUGCUUUUGGCACCAACGCCGAUGAAUUGGUAUCGACAGUUUGUGGCUGACUGUGAGCGUAGCCAGGUCGUCCGGACUUGGGACGUGUUCAAAAACGCAAUGCGUAAACGUUUCCUACCACCUGAUUACGAGUACAUGCUGCGAGAGAAACUCUGCAAGCUAACUCAAACGGGCUCCUUGCAUGACUACCUGAGUGCGUGUCAGGACAUACUGAUUCAAUGUCAAGUUGAGAUCACCCCAUUGGAGCUGAUGUUCUACUUUCAGCAACCCCUGCGCGGUGAAACCUCACAACACCUGCGUGAGCACCAUCCACAGAAUCUUGAAGAUACCAUCGAAAUGGCUCUGCGAUUUGAUCACAGUGUGUCGAAAGGUGACAUCCGUUCGGCUACAGCGGACUGGAUGAAGGCUGCUAAUUGUCAUCGGUGCAAACAGGAAGGCCACAUUGCCCCGCAAUGCACAAACUCGAGGAAGUAA